AUGGCGACCUACGUGCGAAAUUUGAACGCCGCCAUCAACUCACGCAACGGACUGCAAUUGGCGCACCUCCUGGCCGUCAAUCCAGACACAAAUCCCACUGCCCCGCAAACAAACGCCCUCGCCGUGGCGGCAGGAAUCACAAACCAGGUAUGGCAGCCAGUUGUCGAGGCGCACGUCCUGGCCUGCAACGAUUCCUCGACUCCACUGGAGCGACUACAGGCUCACCAGGCGUUUUUGUCCGAGCUCAAUCGAGUUUCUGAGAAGGAAGAUGUGUGGAUCCUACCUAUACUGUACGCAGCAAGCACACAUCUUCGAGGUAUCGGACGAAGAGCGCUGAAGGAGAUCCAGGACAAGGAGGCAAAAAACGAGAUUCUCACACAACUGGAAUCAUCGUCACGAGUGGUCAACCGAACCCUUACACUGUGUCUGAACGACCGGCAUCCCAGCUUGCAGAAAUCGAAAAAAUGGGGAACCUACUUCUUUGUUGGCGAGCUCUGCAAGCUAUACUUUUUGCUCAGAAAACGAAAUAUGAGCAAGUCGGUCAUCAAGGUGGUGGAAUCCAUGUCUCGUGAUCUACCUCCCUUGGCCUCCUACCCCAGAUCUCACACCUGCACUUACUCGUACUAUCGAGGAGUCUUAAGUCUGAUGGAUGAUGAUGUCGAACAGGCGCAAAACUGGCUCACCCAGGCACUCAACCAGUGCUUUUACAAAUCCACAGAUAACCAGGAGCUCAUUCUGUUACAUCUCAUCCCAGUACAGUUUCUCAUGACCAACCAGGUACCUUCCAAGGCAGUGUGGGAAAAGUUUCCUAGACUACAUACCGUCUACCAUCAGAUGCUCACGGCUCUACUACGAGGCGACGUGCUGUCGUUCGAUAAAGCUGUGACUCAAAGAAGGUCCCUGUUCGUGAAGAAGUACUUGUAUCUGGCAGUGGAGAAGAUGCGGGUCUUUGUGUUUGAAAAGCUCUUCUACCGGGUGUUUCUUGCCAAGGAUAAGGCCACACGAAUCACCAUUGACGACUACCAGGCUGCUGCCAAACUGGUUGGCGUUGAUGUAUCGCCUGACUUUUUGGAGGCUACCGUUUCCAACAUGAUCUAUCACGAUCGACUUAAGGGCUAUAUUUCUCGAGAACGACACACAGUCGUGUUGAGAGCUGAAGGUGCUUUCCCAAAACUCGACCACGCAGCCUAA